GAUCAAAACAAUCCAAUGUCACCGUUGGGGGUAGUACGGUUGAACGUUCUUUUGAAAAGUAGAUUAAUAUUAAACAGUGCGCCUCUCAGAAUUUUGAAAAUGCCGUUUUAUGCAGUGGCCAAAGGCCGAACAACAGGUAUAUUUAUGACUUGGCCUGAUUGUGAAGCUCAAGUGAAAGGAUUUCCAGGUGCCAGGUACAAGAAAUUCGAUUCAGUUGUGAGUGCUCAAGAUUUUAUCACAGCAAAUGGUGGAUCUAGCAAUAACAGUAAAUCGAAAAAGCCUAGCGACCACUCAAAAUCAUUUUCAAGUACAUCAAAUAACCUUAAAAAGUCAACAUCUAGUAGUAGCACAGUACAAAGUAACAAUGUGGCGAAAGAACUCAAAAGGAAAUCAGAAGUUAGUGAGGGCUACGCGAGGGAAAACGACAGUGACUACUCAGAUGAUUCAGACGACUUGAACACAAUAAUAACGAAACAAAUGGAUGACAUAGAGAAAAGACUGAAAACAUUUGAGAAAGGUGUAGAUAAAAUAUAUAAGAAAGGAACUAAGAAAACUAUUCUCAUAGAGCCUCCUCAAAAUAAGAGACGUAAGACUAGCGGUGGUGACGAAUUUGAUAUUGACAGUGAAGGGUAUGUGCAGGUGUACACAGAUGGGGCCUGUUCUGCCAAUGGUAGGAGUGGAGCCCGAGCUGGCCUCGGGGUCUUCUGGGGAGAUGGCCACCCUCUAAACGUGAGUGAGCCAGUAUCAGGCCGCGCCACCAACAACUGCGGAGAGAUCCAAGCUUCUACUAAAGCUAUCAAACUUGCCCUCCAGAAUGGAAUACAGAAGUUGGCAAUAAACACAGACUCCAAGUUUGUCAUCAAUUCUGUUACUAAAUGGAUGCCUGGGUGGAAGCGUAAAGGCUGGAAGCUUGCAUCGGGAGAGCCAGUGAAGAAUGAGAAAGAUUUCAAAGACUUGGAUAGUGUGCAACACAAACUGCAAAUCAAAUGGAACUAUGUGGAGGCACAUCGGGGAAUACACGGCAAUGAAAUGGCUGACGAACUGGCCAAGGCUGGUGCUGCCAUGUAUAAUAAAUGAUUAGCAUAGAAUUGUUUAGAUAGGAGAUCUGUUUCAAUAUAUGGCCAGUGUUAAUAACCUGUAGAUUUGCUUACUAGAGACUAUACUGGGGAUAUACUAGGGUGACUGGAAAUAAAUCAAGUAUAUUUAUUAACAUGACGUGUUUGUACUCAUGAUUACAUAUAAUAUUCCCAUAUCUUUUUUUUGUAUAAUUUUUAUUUUUAUCACAUUAACAAAGUAAAGUAAAAUAAAUAAAGAUCCAAAAUACCUACCUAGUUACUAGUCUUUCGAUAGCAUGGGCGCGGGCGCCUCGUUGCCAACAGCUGAUCACGCGAAACCAUAUUAUUGUGAUAAGAAUAAAACCAAUGAGUAUACGAAAAUAGUUUCUUAGGGAAAGAGGUUUGUAAUCAUGAGUACAAUAACAUGUUUAAAUAUCGUUCACUAAUAACCAGGCACCCUAUAUGUAUUAGUGUAGAGCUCCAUACAAAAUGUGUUACAAAAUCUCUUGUAAGUAAAUCUACAGAUAGAUAGGUUAUUGAAGAAGGCUGUACAUAACUAUUUAUCUAGUAUUAUGAGGUUGUCUGUUUAUGUACUAGUACUAUGAGCUUGUUGUAACUAUUCUAUAAAUUGAUCAACUAUUACUAGUUAGUCCAUAUUGCAUUGAGUGAAUGCCAGCAGGUCAACCUACUUCAAUAUAUUCAAUAUGUUUUGAACCUUUCUGUUAUGUGUAAUAAAGCUAAAAAUGUAUUAAACUGAUUUGAAAGAUUGGGGUAACUUGAUGUACUUGUGUCUAGAUAAUAAAAAUAAUUAUGUCCUAUGUAACACUAGUCAACACAAUUUUUAAACUUUUUUUACUGUAUAGAGCAAGGUACUAUGCAGGUAUUAUACCAGGUACUUGACCCAUAUUAUAGAAUGACACUUAAGUCAAGAUCUCUUUUUAAGAUUCUUUUUUUUUCUCUGAUAGUAGUGAAAAGGGAUGCAAAUACUUUUCAUCUAUGUGCAUCCCUUUCCAACUAUACUUUAGCAAAGAUCUUGACUGGACAAAAUUAAUUACUGAUACUAAUCUGAAAUCUCUUGUUGAAUCUGGAUUUUUGAGAAAUGUUCAGUCGAAAUAAUUUCAAAAAUUUAUGUAAAUUGAUUGAGAAUAGGUAUUCAUUGCAGCUGACUUAUAGUAAUGUAGGUAAUGUUGUUGACUAAUGUAUUUUUGUGACCAUUUUACCUUCCUGCAGAUUUGUAUUAUUUAUGAUUAAGUAGUAAUAUGACUAUGUAUUGAAAUAGCUGGAUAUCUCUUGUUGUUAUUAUGUGUUGUGAAGAAAUAUUUGGCUGUGAACUUGUUCUUGGAGAGUACUUGUAACAAUAUAAAGCAUUUAUUCUUA